UUAUUGAUCAAACUAUUUCUUUGUAGAAUGGUCUUUAGGCUUGAAAUAAGAACUCUUUCCAUGGUGAGGAUUUUAACCAUUUUUUCACGUGCGAAAGGGCGCCCAGACUUAUAACAAGCGCUUAAUCUACAGAAAUCCAAUCCGCGUCAUCUACAGUAUUCACUGUCAUGGUGACCUUAAUAAGUCAGCCAUCUAUGCAGUCAAGCUAUAGGCAAAGUUCCAAAUCAAUCAGUUUUCUAGUCCAACUAAAAGUAUCUUAUUUUGUUUCGACACAGUUACAUUAGUGAAAAAAAGCAAAUCCGGGCUCAACUCAGCGCAGAAAACCGGGAGGAAAAGGAAUUGGCAAAGUCGCUAGACGAAAAGGGCAGACUCAUAAUAGAAAUGAGAACUUCACUUCAACAAAUAAAUGAACUCCUAUCCAGUGUUGGUGCUCCGAAUGUGCCCCGGCCGUUCACCGACGUGCCGCCAGCCAUCCAGUACGCUCUGGAAGAUGUUCUACAGACAGUGCCCGAAGUAGAAUCAGAUUUUGACAAGUUGAUACUCACGGCUAAACAGAAGCUCGGUGUGCUGAUCCAAGCCGUGUCCAAGAUGGAGGUGACUCCGGAGGUGAGGUUGAACGCGAGCAUGUUCUACCACCAGAUACUGGCCAGAGCCAUGAGGGAGAACUACAAAGAUGAUGUCAUCCUAGAAGGAGGACUGAUCGAGUUUGAAAUGGAGGAUCCGAAUGUGCCAAGCCGGGCAGUAAUAAAGCUUCGCAGUAAGCAGCUUGUCGACGCCCAAGUAAGUGAAUUCGACGUGCCAGAUGUCCCUGCCAAGAAGUAAUCCGAUGAACAAAACUUGUGAAUUACAGCAUAUAUUUGUUAAAUCGUACCAAAUUUCUCAUAAAUUAACUUUUGAUAUUA